CUAGGGCAAUAUGAAUGUAGUGAAAGCUGUUGUAACUAUAUUCACCCUCACAAAUGUGGGAGAAGGUGCGCGAAUCUUAGGUAUAAUCCCAACCCCCUCAUACAGUCACCAAGUGCCAUUUCAACCGCUAUGGAAGGAGCUAUCACUACGUGGCCACCAAGUGACGGUACUCACAACUCACCCAAUCAAGGACCCAUCUCUAAAAAACCUAACCGAGAUUGACCUAAGCUUCUCGAUCAAAAUCCUGGACGACAAAGUUAUGGAAAUUGUCAACUCCAGUCACAAUAUCUUCAAGGUAAUGGAAUUGUCAAUUAGGGUCUUCCACGACGUCAACGUGCACCAACUUCAACAUCACCAAGUGCAAAAACUCAUCAACGAUCCCGAUGGGCGCUUUGACCUGCUUAUCGCCGAGUACAUGUCCUCGCCCAUGCUAUACUUUUCGAGAAGAUUUAACUGCCCUUACAUAGGGGUGCACAGUCUUGAUUCCAGCAACGUUAUCUACAGGUUAUUUGGCCACCCUGCACAUCCGAUCGUAUAUCCCGAUAUCGUAAUCGGCGUGUACGGGAAAUCGUCCCUGUUUCAGCGAGUGCAAAUAGUUCUAUUUGAAUUAUUCUUAAGUUUCGUGGGGCCUAAACUGAAAGAGUUGGAGGAGGAAACCGUGUGGGAGCAUUUUCGUGACCGCACUCCAGGCGAGACCAUCAGAAACGAACUGAGCUUACUAUUCGUAAAUUCUGAUCCAGUUUUUGAUUACAAACGACCACUGCUUCCGUCUGUUAUUCAGAUUGGAGGCACGAUCGCUAGGGUACCCGUAAAACCUCUUGAGAAUAGGGUAAAGAAGAUUUUAGACGGAGCAUCCGAGGGUUUCAUCUACUUUAGUUUAGGUACUAACGUUAAAAGCAAGGAUAUUCCUCCACACGCCCUGAAUGUUAUUCUUGAUACCUUUCGGAAGCUCCCAUACAAAGUGCUGUGGAAGUAUGAGCUGGACGAUCUCGCUGAUAAGCCUAGUAACGUCCACAUUUUAAGAUGGGUGUCCCAGAUGGAAGUGUUAGAUCAUCCUAAUCUCAAGCUGUUUAUCACUCAUGGAGGUGUGCACUCAAUGCACGAAGCUGUCCACGCCAAGAUACCUAUGGUUGGCAUGCCCUUUUUUGCUGACCAGCCGUACAAUGUCAAGAAAAUGGUAGGCAUGGGAAUUGCCCAGUACGUGGACUACCAAACAAUGACCACGGAGGAACUGGAAAGCGCCAUUAUAGAAGUUAUUCGAAAUCCAAGUUACAGAGAACGCGUUAGAGAGUUGGCCGACUUGGUCGAAGAUCAGCCGAUGACUGGGCUGGAGCGCGCGGUUUGGUGGACAGAGUACGUCUUACGCCACAAAGGCGCUCCGCACUUCAGAAGUCCCUUUCUGGACUUGCCGUGGUACCAGUAUUAUCUUUUGGACGUUUCCGCUAUUGUUUUUGUUACGUUGUCCGUUGCCACCUUCGCAGUUAUUAAGACUUUGAGGAUCAUCAUUUGGGUCCUUAAGCGAAUUUCAGGGAAAAGUACGAAACCUAAGAAGGAAUAAGGAGUAAUGGGUUCUAGCAGUCUUAGGAACACUGCUGUUUUGGACGGCAUUUUAGUAAA